AUGGGUUCCAAAACAGUCUCAAAAGAAGAGCCGGAAAUCGCGUCAUUCAGCAGAGGCGAUCAAUUUGGAUUCUGGAAAAUCGACAAAAAACUGGGCGAAGGCGGAUUUGGAGCGGUAUUCAAGGUGCUGAGUCGCGAUAACAUUGCGUACGCAUUAAAGGUGGAGAAAUGCACAGAUCCCGUGAGAGGUGGGUCAUGGAUAAUAUAAUUUUGCCUAGAUUGAUGGUUUAUUCUAAAUUUAAUCGCUUGUGAAUAUUACAUAUAGAUUUAGUUCUCAAAAUGGAAGUUUAUGUGCUGCGAGAGCUGCAGAAAACAAAAGCCAAGCAUUGCUGCGAGCUGAUCGAUUCGGGACGUCUAGGAGAAUAUAAUUAUAUGGUCAUGACUCUGGUUGGAGCCUCUCUGCAGGUAAACUAAAAUUUUCAAAGCAAAAUAGACGUAUUUCAGGACUUACGAAAGCAUGACAAAGACCCAUCCAAGCACAUGUUCUCCUUGGGCACCGCUCUUUAUGCUGGCCUCCAAUGUCUCGAAUCCAUUGAGGAAAUUCACAUUAUCGGAUAUCUGCAUCGCGAUAUAAAACCUGGUAAUUUCGCUAUAAAGGUGACAAACAGUCGGCACAUCAUGAUCUUGGACUUUGGAAUGGCCAGAAAAUAUUUGGAUGCCCAUGGAGAAGUUCGAAGACCAAGAUGGGCGGCUGGAUUCAGAGGAACCGUCCGAUAUGCCGCAUUAUCUUGCCAUGUGUCGAGAGAAUAUUGCAGAAAAGACGAUUUGGAAAGCUGGUUAUACAUGUUGGCAAGUGGUUAUAUUGUUUUAGGCCUGUUCUUGGUUAUGAUCAUGAUUCUCACCAUGAAAUCUUGGUUGGCAUUGAGUCUAAAAACCAAAAUAGGAUAGAAUAAGGUCCUGAAAGACUUACCAUUUCAGAUCGAAUUCACCGUCGGAGCCGUCCCGUGGAAAGCGAUUCAGGACAAAGAUGAGAUCGGCCGGAACAAGGAGAAGGCCAGAGAAGAUGGCUCGCUUUACCUCGGAUGUCCACCGCAAUACAAGGCUAUCACCAAAUAUAUUGAUAGCCUAAGGUACUACGACGAGCCGGAUUACGACUUCGUCGCAUCACAAGUCAAACACAUCAUGGAAAGCAACAAACUCGGAUUGGCAGUUUUUGAUUGGGAACAGUGGACUACAAACGAAAAUGACAGUAGAAAAGGCGCUGAAUAA